AAAUCAGUAAACUAUGGCGGAACGGAUAGUUAAAUUUGUUUUAUAAAAUUGCAUAUGCUAUUCUAAUUAAUUAAUUAAAGUAUCAAACAAAUACAUACUCUUACAUUAUUCGUUUUUCAUUUGUAACGGACCCAUUUCCAGAUAGAAAACCAAUAAUCCAAGUAUUAUAUUCGGAGAGGAGAGGAAAGGAUUCUCUCUACUUGUUGAGAGCGAUAUCUGAUGGAUCGGCGCAGCCAAUCCACCACCACUAACUCCGCCGCGGAUGCUGGAUCACUUCACUGCAUAGUCAAGCUCGGGGGUUCUGCAAUUACCUGUAAAAAUGAGUUGGAGACAAUCAAUGAGGGUAAUCUUAGCAUAGUUUCAUCACAACUGAAGCAAGGAAUGAUUUCGGAGCCAUGUCACGGUAUGGAUUGGAGCAGGAGGCCUGGAUCGACGGAUAUCCAAACUGUAGUUGAUAAAUUUGAUGAUAAACUAGAAUCACAAUGCAAACGACUUAUAGUUGUCCAUGGCGCAGGUUCUUUUGGCCACUUUCAAGCAAGCAGAUCGGGAGUUCAUAAGGGUGGACUAAACAAACCUCUUGUCAAGGCUGGUUUUGUUGCAACAAGGAUAUCAGUCACUACCCUUAAUCUUGAAAUUGUCAGAGCACUAGCAAAAGAAGGUAUUCCUUCUAUAGGAAUGUCUCCAUUUUCAUGUGGCUGGUCAACUUGCGAAAGAAUUAUUGCUAUGGCAGAUACCUCAACAGUGGUUAAAGCGUUAGACGCUGGAUUUGUACCUGUUUUGCACGGCGAUGCUGUUCUGGAUACUUCACUGGGUUGCACUAUAUUAAGCGGAGACGUAAUUAUAAGUCAUCUGGCAGAACACUUGAGACCUGACUACGUUGUGUUUCUUACGGAUGUUUCUGGGGUGUAUGACCGCCCACCAACAGAACUGGGUGCAGUGCUUCUGAGGGAAAUUGCUGUGCACGAAGAUGGGAGCUGGUCGGUGCUGCAACCUAAUCUGCAAGACGAAGUUGAAAUAACAGUAGCAGCACAUGAUACAACUGGAGGCAUGUUCACCAAAAUAACAGAAGCUGCUAUGAUUGCCAAAUUGGGGAUCGAUGUCUACAUAGUGAAGGCAGCAACGGAGCACUCAGCAAGGGCUCUAAAAGGACCACUCCCAGGAAUUCAAAAUAAAAACAAAGAGUUUUAUACCAACAAAAAGUGGAAAUUGGGUCUAAACACCUAUGUUCUGCCUCCGUACAUCAUUCCACUCGACCAAGUGACUGGUCGGUAAACACCCCACUCAGGUGAGUGCAUUGUUCUGGGUCUUCCGGACGCGAGACACAACCAAGAGGAUCGUCAUUAAGCCCCACUCGAUCAAGUGAGUGGUUUACCAACCACACACUGGCAAGUGCAUUGUUUAAGCCUCACUAGAUCAAGUGCAAUGUUUCUACCAACCCCACUUAAAGCAGGUGCAUUGUUCUGCGUCCUCACAUGCGAGACGCAGUGAAGUGAUUGAUAACUAAUCCCUACUCUAUCGAGUGCAACUUGCGCAUGCCACUCGUUGAAUGAGAUGUUUGACCCACUCGUCAUCUAUAUCAUUUCCUUGUCCCUGACCCUCAAUGGGUGUUAAGAGGUAACGAGAUGCUCAAUAAUGAUCGCCGUAGAUUAAUCAUUGAAGAAACUCAUGUACGAACCCAACUCCCAUAGAGAAUCCUAUAAUAACAUAUGGGGCUUCUAAAUUUUAUUUUAGAAGUGUUCACACGUACAAUACACAAACAAAAAACAUCCCAUUUCUUUAA